GGCUGACCCCCCACAAUGGAGGACAGGAGGAACAGACGGAGCCAGGUCGUGCUACCCCCACGAGUGACAGCCGCUCGCCCUGACAGAAAAGCCCAAGUUGCACCGCCCGGCAACGGAGAGUGCGCAUGCGUGGGGAAGCCGCGCAGGCGCCCCGAGGGUGUUGUGGGGCGGCUGCGCAUGCGCCCGGGGCAGGGAGCGGAGCGGCGGAGGCAUGAGCUCGGUGCCGGGGCUGCAGGUGGACUGCGAGGAGCUGCUCGGCGCCUUCCAGGAGGCCGACACCGUCCGCUUCGAGCGCUUCGCCGAGCUGUGGCGGGAGCGCCGCUUCCACACCAUCUUCUAAUCAGAAUUGCACUCAAGGAUUGGCCUGAAAUCCAGAAAUUUCAACAGGAUCUGAUAGACUCCCAGCAUUAUGACGCAGCAUACAUCUUUAGGACACUGCGACUUGCCAGAGCAUUCCAUUUCACAGCAAUGCCAAAGCUACUAAACUACAGAACUAAGAAGAAGAUUCAGGAAAAUGAAUUUAAAGAAGAAUUUAAGGACCCAAGUAACAGAGUAAACAGCCUCAUCACUAAUGAUGUAUUGGAGGAACUGAUGAAUAUUCAUGACCACUAUCAGAAAAUGAAGUGUGUCAUUUCAGCUGACAAAUCCCAGCCAGACAAGGCCCUGAGCUUGAUAAAAGAUGGAUUUGUAGUUACUCUUAAAGACAUAACCUUGGAGCAUCAGGAAUGGCAGCAGAACAGAAUGAAAUUAUUCCUAAAUGCUAAAGAAACUGAUGAAAUAUCAAACAAAAAGGAAGAAGGAACUUUGCUAGAGUCGGAGGGUUCUGAAAGAGCAAAUGCAUUGGCUCGAAUCAAGUACAGGUCUUACUCUGCAGUUGUUGAAGCUUCCAAAUCCAGAAGACAUCGUCAAGUAAGAUUAGAAUCUUCUGAAUCAGGAUCGAAUUAUGGGAAAUCUCCGAGUCGAAGUAAAAAAAACAGUAGGAGACCACAGCCAGCAAGGAUAAGAGAUUCUUUGGAAAUCAAAGGUGAAAUGCAAGUGGCAAAGGAAACUGUUACUCGGCAUAUUGGGAUGCCUAUAAUCACAGAAGAAGAGAACUCGGAUGAAGAAGAAGUAUCUCUACCCAAGAGGAAAAGAAGAUAGAGGAUCCAGUUGGAGAAGUGCUAAUGUUAAUUUUAAUGACAAAAUGUAAAUAUCAGAGGUAACACAAAGUGCUUGUUUUGGAUACCUUUGAAUGUUCAAGUGUCUGGGACCAGAACUACACAUGAUGCUGGAAUAUUGGUUGUGACUGGUAUACCUUAGCUGUCUCAGGGUACAGCAUCUGGUGCCUUUAUUCACCUGGUGAAUGCUUGUUGGGGGAGACAAAGUUGUUGUGCCCUGUUUGAGAUGGAAAGAGAAGGUGGUUCCUUGUUGUAUUUAGCUUGUACGAUGUGAGUUAUCACUUGGAACUUAUGUUGAUCUGCAAUGAUGGUUUUAGCUGAGACUGUUAAAAGAAACAGCUCACAAAAUAUUUGCCCGUAUGAGACUUGUUUGUAAUCUUUUAUCUGAACAUAAAAUUAAGGUUACUGACUGUUGAAAAUUAGUACAAUAAAUUAUUUUUCACA